CACUAUUCGCUACAUCUUGGAAAACGCUCGCCAUUUUAGAUUUAUCCUUGCAUUUGCGGACGGUAUUGUGUUUCUAUAGUACUUGAAAAAUUCAACUUUCUUUCAUCAAAAAAAAUGUCGGAACAUUCAGAAGAAGCUAAUCAUGUCCAAAAGGAGGUUGAAAUCGAUGGACCGCGAAUUAACAAUUUCGCACAAAAGUUUCUGGAUGAAUUAAACGAAGAACGUGAAAGGCUGAGCAGUGAGUUCCCUAUAUGCGCACUACUAAUAGAAGAAGCUAUUGAACGGGUCUGCACUACUGGUCGUAUACCCGGGCGCGAGUAUUAUGCCGAUGUUUACAAGCAGAAACCCAUAAAACUCGUUCAGAAAGUUUUUGUUCCAAUAAAGCAAUAUCCUAAGUUCAACUUUACGGGCAAAAUAUUAGGACCUAAGGGAAAUUCACUUCGUCGUUUACAAGAUGAAACUCAAUGUCGAAUUGUAAUUAAAGGUCGGAAUUCUAUACGUGACCGCGUCAAGGAGGAGGAAAUGCGUAACUCUGGCGAUCCUCGCCACACCCAUUUAAGUAAGGAUUUAUUUGUUGAGAUAAGUACUGUUGCAACACCUGCAGAGGCUUAUGCACGUGUUGCUUAUGCUUUGGCUGAAAUAAGGAAAUAUCUUGUUCCUGACAAGAACGACGAUGUUGCUCAGGAACAACUGCGAGAACUGAUGGAAAUCGAUCCGAAAUCUGCCAAACAAUUUUCUAAAUCCAUAUUUGACAAGAAUAUUGCAGCCAAUGGGCCAUCCAAAUAUUUAAACUUUGUCAAGCAAUAUGCCUACCAAAUGGAACCGUCUAAGGAUGUAGAGUCCGAAGAGGAGGUGUAUGAAGCUCGCAUACCUAAGCGCACAAUCGUACCAGCUUAUGAAUACACCAAAGCCAAAAUUGUUCCAUCAACAUUGCCCUAUAAACGUCCACCUACCGCCGCUAUAUACGGAACUCAAAUGAAACGUUUUCGGGAAGCUCCGGUUAGACCAACAAUUAAACCAGUUUUCCAUGGAAUAUUAAAGAGAUAUAAAUGAACAAGUUGACUACAUUUAAAUAAAUUACAUUCAAAUAAAUUAUGCAGCAUAAGAAUACUAAGUAUAACCCACAUGUAACCCAACAAGUAAUUAAACCAAGCAUAUAAGUUAAAAACAAUAUGCAAUAGAAGCACUUAAUUUCACACCCCUUAAAAAUAUAAAGGUAUUUACUUAUAUUUAAAUGAUUGUUUAAUGGUCUAACAAGUAAUAAAUAAAAUGUUGUCAAAUAAAUUUAAAUUGAAUCUACUUUACUGUACACCGAAAACUAUUUAACAAAAACUUAUAACUCAAAUGGAAUCGUAAUUAGCCGUUGGAAAACUUAAAACGCAGAUAAUCUAUAACUAUUUGAAAUAAACGAAAUAAACUGCAAUUUACUUAUUUUA